AUGAAAAACAACCGUUCAGAACUGCGAUUUCACCCUCUUGUGAUCACCACUGUGGUGGUGGGGGUUAUUCUCUGCUUUGCGCUGGGCUACAACCACGGCGCGGGGGCGUGGGAGCGGCAGUUCAUGGCGGUAUAUAAUCAACAACAGGGACGUGAGCGGCAUCUCUCCACGAUGUAUGAGGCCUGCCACAGUGAACUCCUCACGCUCAGUGGUAGUGUGUCGACCAACAACAACACUCUUCAUGCGGAACUCUCGGAAAAUACCGAUAUGGAGGAACAGAUUAGAACCCUCUCGCAGACGUUUGAGGGACUGACGAAGGAACAUGCGAAGUGUCAAACGGAGGUGGCCGGGCUCAUACAGGACACCAGCGCAGAUGAUAUUCAACCAGGAGCAGCAGGAACAGAAACUGAAAAGGAUUUACACUCUUUACGUCAAUCUCUACAUAAUCUCACAGAGGGGGCUGGCAUGCAUACAGCCGCUCUUCUGGAUUCACUGCGGGUACUUAUGGAUGUGUAUAAGGAAUUAUGCUCUAGUCUACCAGGAUGCACUCUACUCACGGAUGAAUCCCUCAUCCAACAGUGGAGGGAAAUGAUGAAUAGUGUACAUUUAAUACGGCAAGAAAAGGAAGAGACAGAUAUGAAACGUAUGUUAUGGCAAUAUGAUGCAAACGAUUUAACACACAAAAAUACCGUUUUUCUUCCCAAGGAUGAAGAAAAAGAAGUUCCUACCUUUUUUGAACGUUCUGGUAAUCCAUUAGUGGUAUUAGGUAAGGAACAGGAACCUCGUAUUGUUGUAGCCACCACACUUCAACGUAUACACGCUUUACAACAAGCGGCUUUCUGCGCCUAUAACCGUCGAGAUCCCAACGUGACGGUAUCAUUUGCCUUUCUUUGGAAAGUGAAUGAUAUCAGUGGUAUUUCUGCUCUUCAUGAUUUGGUACAAACUCCACUCGUUACCUUCUGUAUGGACUGUGUGGGUGUGGAGAACAGUACGGAGUUUUGGCAACAGUGCCGAGAUGCCACAGGCGAUGAUGAGUUUUACGGUAAACGUAAUUUCUGGGCUGCACGGUCAAUGGUGCGACCACACCCCGCCGUUGUGCAGGAAGCAAAGAACUACACAAAAUUUGUGUUAAAAGAUAAAAAGGUAUUAGCGGUAGUGGCACACAAUUCCGUGAAUGAUUGUAUUGAACGUAUUCAUGAACCUCGUGGAAAUCAUUUUCUUUAUUUGUUGGCCAAUUUCCCACAAGAAAAGAAACAAUUUGAAACACAUGUAAGUAAUGAUACGAUAUUUCAAUGUGCUCCCACACCCACUCAGAUAGUGCAGCGUAUUACCGAAAUUAUGGAGAAUGUUAAACAAGACGGUAAAGGAGGAGAGGAAUUUGAUGUUGUGUAUAUCAGCGUCCCUGUUGAGAUGAUGCAUGACUUACGAGCACUCGAGGUGAAACCGAAAUGGUGGGAAAAGACAAUAUUUCGUGUGGAGGUGGAAAGCGCACAUGAGGAAUUAUUAGACCUCACAGUAGCUGGUCUGGCAGACACAAUAUUAGUGAGUCCCUAUCUUGCCCCAAGUCAGUACGUUGUGGAAAGCUUCUUAUUGAAGAAUGGACUUCGGCCUGAUGGACGCAUAUGGUUCUUUUAA